GAUUAAGUGACGUGGUAAAGUGGGGAUUAAGCAUAUCGAGAAGCUGACACGAUCUACAAUUUGCCGGUAGCCUAUGCUGCUCAUGUAAACUGUUAUCAGUGUACGCUCGUCGCUCCGAUUUGUUUAUUUUUUGGUGUCGUGGUGACGCCGAUGUAGCAAGAUUUACAAAACUCAAAAUUAUUUAACCGUUUCUAAACUCUUGUAAUCGAGUUUUUUAUAAUAUCUGUAAAGUCCUCCUAAAAUGGACAAACGCGCAAAAUUUGCAAUCUGUGCAGCUGGUAUAUUCGUUUUUUUUUUCUUCUACGGAAUACUUCAAGAAAAGAUCACUAGAGGAACGUAUGGUACACAAGGAGAAAAGUUCACACACACUCUUUCACUGGUGUUUGUACAAUGUGUAGUCAACUACGCUUUUGCAAAAGUCGUACUACGAGCGUUCCCUGAAGAGGCUGACACCACCAGUCCAACAUACUACGCUAUUAGUGCACUUACCUACCUAUUGGCGAUGGUGUUUAGUAACAUGGCCCUACGAUGGGUCAACUAUCCUACACAGGUUGUCGCCAAAUCGGGAAAGCCUAUUCCGGUCAUGAUUUUGGGUGUAGUUUUAGGAAGAAAAUCGUAUCCAUUGAAAAAAUAUCUAUUUGUGUUAUUGGUCGUCAUAGGAGUAGCUUUAUUCAUGUUUAAAGAUGGAAAAUCAAAAGCAUCACAAUCAGAAUCUAUUCUUGGAUUAGGAGAAGUACUUUUAAUUUUGUCGCUGACAAUGGAUGGUAUCACGGGUGCUGUUCAAGAACGGAUGCGAAGCGAGUCUAAAACCAAAUCUGGUCAUAUGAUGGUCAACAUGAACUUUUGGUCAAUUUUGUUUUUAGGCGUUGCGCUCAUCGUCUCUGGGCAAUUAUUUGAAUUUGCGAGUUUUGUCCAACGAUAUCCGCAAAUAAUCAUGCAAAUAUUUUUGUUUUCAGCAUUUAGUGCAUUAGGGCAGUUUUUUAUAUUUUGGACUGUAAGCGACUUUGGACCAUUACCAUGCUCUAUUGUGACAACUACGAGAAAAUUCUUUACUGUGCUAGCUUCUGUAUUGUUGUUUGGUAAUCCAAUGUUAACUAGACAAUGGGUGGCUACAAUCAUAGUAUUUACUGGGUUGUUUUUAGAUAGUUUUUAUGGAAAACAGGCAGCUAAAGCUAAAUGAUUUAUAAUUUCCCAAUGAAAAUACUUUUAACUAAUCAGUAAAAAAUGUUAUUGACCAUACUAAUUAAAAAAAUUUGAUAACAUCAACUAUUAAAUAAUUCAGUUAAUUAUAUUUAAAGUAAAGUGAUAUGUUUGGUUGAACACAUUGGCUCAUUUAACUUUUAUAUAUUUUGUAUUCACAAAAAGUUAACUAAUUAGAAAUUCGUCCAUUUGUGUGUAAAAAAAAACCA